GUGAUGCUUUCAACUGCAGAUCCACUCCAGUAAUCCAACAUGUCUUUCAGCUCCAAAUCCUACACUUCAAGGACCCUGAGCGUCUACGGUGGAGCCGGCGGUCGAGGCUCCCGCAUCUCCUCCUCCCAGGCAUGCUAUGUGCCACCUCCCAGUGGCUUCAGCCUUACUGACGGCCUCGACCUCCACGUUAGUGCCAACGAGAAGGCCACCAUGCAGAACCUGAACGACCGUCUGGCCUCCUACCUGGAGAAGGUGCACACCCUGGAGAAGGAGAAUGACCGCCUGGACAGGCAGAUCAAAGAGUGGUACCUGAGCAGGACUGUGAUCUCCCACGACCACAGCAGCUACUUCGCCAUCAUCGAGGACCUGAAGGACAAGAUUCGUAUUGCCUCCAGAGUCAAUGCCAAGCUAGUCCUGGAUAUUGACAAUGCAAAACUGGCUGCUGAUGAUUUCAAAGUGAAGUAUGAGAACGAGAUGGCCAUGAGGAUGGCUGUGGAGGCAGACAUCGUUGGACUGAAGAGGGCGUUGGAUGACAUCAACCUGGCCAGGAUGGAUCUGGAGAGUCAGUACGAGUCCCUGAAGGACGAGCUCAUCAUGCUCAAGAGGAACCAUGAGGAGGAGAUCACUCUGCUGAGGAGUCAGAUGGGCGGCCAGGUUAACGUAUCUGUGGACGCUUCACCCUCUGUAGACCUGAACCAUGUCAUGUCUGAGAUCAGGGAGCACUACGAGGGUGUGAUCAACAAGAACCGCAAGGAGCUGGAGUCGUGGUAUCAGACCAAGAUCACAGCAGUGGAGCAGGACGUGAUCACGCACACGGAGAUUUUGGUGACCUCCCGCUCAGAAAUUAAAGAACUGAAGAGCACCCUCCAGAGGCUUCAGAUUGAACUGCAGUCUCAUUUGAGCAUGAAAGCGUCUCUGGAAGGAACCCUGGCAGAGACCCAGUCACGCUACGCUGCACAGCUGGCAAGUCUCCAAAACACGGUCACAAGCCUGGAGGUUCAGCUGACCCAGAUCCACGCCAACAUCACUACCAACAAACAGGAGUACGACAUGCUGCUGGACCUCAAGACCCGACUGGAGAGGGAGAUUGCAGAGUACAGGAGGUUGCUGGAUGGGGAGGAUGAGAGCUCAAGACAAGUGGUCACCAAGGUCAUCACAGUGGUGGAAACAGUUGUGGAUGGAAAGGUGGUUGGAAGCAGCAAGACUGUUGACGUGGAUGUGGAUGAGAUUGAGUAAAAAAUUUGGAGGUUCUGUGAAAAUUAAUAAAGAUCCUGCAGUUCA